AAAAGACAGUCAAAACAAAAUUUUUCGACUUAUGUGGUGACUGGUGAUUGACUUUUGAGUUGUGCUGUUGUUUUGGACUCAAAAGCAUUCAAAAUUACAUAAUUUUAGCUAAAGCGAUGAUUAGGAACACUUGCUUCAGUACAGGUCCUAUUCUGCUCGGGGCAUUGGCUGUAAAAGCCGAUGCUAGCGAUGCUUCCGGGACUGCUACGGAUGCUAAAUCGAAGCAAAUUUGCAAACCUUCCGAGCUGCCACUGUAUCGACCAGCCAAUAUGAAAAUUGCCUGCGAGUGCGAAGGUCACAAAAAAGAGACAUCCUCUAAACCUGUACAAGCAAUUGAGGAAGGAAUUCGGGCUGUGCGGAUUCAAGUAUGUGAAGCUUCUAAACUCGUGACUGAUCAAAAGAAGCAGGUUGUAGAGUGGUACGAGCAAGGAAAGCAGCAGACAAAAUUUAUUCGUGAUUAUCUGAAUAAGGAGGAUAAUACCCUGCCUCGGGUCGGUGCUAUCGCUAUCGGUGGAUUGUCCGGUUUUAUAUUUGGACUUCGCGGAGGAUUCUUUCGUAAGCUGCUGUACACCUCCAUAGGCGGUGGUGGUGUAGCGUCCAUAUGUUAUCCACAAGAAGCGGAAAUGUACGCACAGCAUGGUUUAGUGGAGGCUAAGAAAUAUGCCACAAUUGGUUACAACUUUGUCUACGGCGUGAAACCUGGCGAUAAACAACUGGAAUUACCAACGAUUCCAACAAGUCUCGGUGAGCUGAAAGAGAGUAUGUCCGAUUUGGCCAAGUCCGCCUACGAUGCCGUGUUUCCGGAGAAAAAAUAAACGAUUGUGAUCAUCCGCUGUUAAAUUAUGUUCCGCUGGGAAAUAAAUUGUACG